UGAGUCCCUCCCCUUCUGGGCUUGGCGCUGGGGCCGCCGGAGCAGUUAGGCUGAGGCAGGCACCUUCCCAGCCGCGCAGCGACCCUCCUGCCGCGGCCAUGGCCCAGCCGGGGAGAACCGCCUACGCGGGGAGCCAGAACGGCGCCGGGCAGCCCCAGCAGCGCCCCUACAGCAACGGUCCUGUGCAAAGCCCAUUGAUGAACUCCUCACGCUUAGUGGAUGGGCAAGGAUACAGUUCUGCAGUCCCCGGAGUGUAUCCACAACCAAUGGCAACAAAGAACCCCCUGCAGACAACUUCCGGACUGUAUAACUAUGGAGCAUCUCAGAAUAUUCCACCGUUUAGUAAUUUUCAAGGACCUGGCCAUACUCUUAAUAGAACACCUAUCGGACUUGUUUCUAUGGCAACAGCACAGCCAGGACCUGUUGGCCAGAUGCCUCCUGUUCGGCAGAAUUUGGUUGCUACAUCCACCUCUGGCAGUAGUUUCCAUUCUGGAGUUAAUCCUCCAUCGCAUUCGAACUGGCAAUAUGGGCAAGCUCCUCCAAAUCAACCAGCUACGGUCUCCCAAGUUAACAAUUUUGCUCACCCAACAGCAACCCAGCCAUUGUUAUCUUCAUCAGGGAAUAUAAAUAUACCAACAAGCUAUCAUAAUGUUUCUUCUUCCGGAGGGCCUCCACUUCAGAACAGCUAUACGAAGCCAGGUCCCCCUCCUCUUCCAGUCCAUCAGCCAACAUACUCGCCAGUUAGACCUCCUUUAGGGCCCCCUCCAGUUGGAAGUCCAGCUUUCACACCAUCUGCUGCUCCCCCAACAGUUCCACCAGCAAACAUUGCAUCCCCAAACUCAGCAAGUCCCCAAGAAGCAGGUGAUGCUACAUGUGCUGCUAGUGAUGGCUCAUUAGUCCAAAACAAUUAUGAUACAAUAGAAGGAGGAGGUUUCCUGGCAACCACAUAUACCCCUUCAGCUCCUCAGAAUCUUAAAAUGAAUAGACACGUUGGAAGUGCUUAUCCCAGCUUGCCACCCGGCUACCAAAAUACAUCUUCCCCUGGAGGACCAAGAAUGCCGUAUCCAAGUGCACCACAGCAGUUCCCUCAGCCUGGUUUGGGAACAAAUGCUUUGGCGACAUCAAUGGGUGGACUAAGCCUUCAGCCAGAAGGAUUAAGACCUAUCAACCUCCUUCAAGAGAGAAAUAUUCUUCCUCCAACCCCCUUGCAAGCUCCUAUUCCAAACUUACAUGAAGAUAUCCAGAAGCUCAACUGUAAUCCAGAGUUAUUCCGAUGUACCUUGACUAACAUUCCUCAAACUCAGGCCUUACUGAACAAAGCCAAACUUCCUUUGGGGCUCCUGCUUCAUCCUUUCAAAGACCUGUCGCAAUUACCUGUGGUAACCUCCAGUACAAUUGUGAGAUGUCGUAGCUGCAGAACCUAUAUCAAUCCUUUUGUCAGCUUUCUUGAUCAAAGGAGAUGGAAAUGCAACUUAUGUUAUAGAGUAAAUGAUGUUCCAGAAGAAUUUAUGUAUAAUCCUGUGACAAGAGUUUAUGGAGAACCACAUAAAAGACCCGAAGUUCAGAAUGCAACCAUUGAGUUUAUGGCCCCUUCUGAAUACAUGCUCCGUCCCCCUCAGCCUCCUGUGUACCUUUUUGUUUUUGAUGUGUCUCACAAUGCAAUAGAAACAGGAUACUUGAACACUGUAUGCAAGACCUUGUUGGACAAUCUAGAAUUACUCCCUGGAAACACUAGAACAAAAAUUGGCUUCAUAACAUUUGACAGCACAAUCCAUUUCUAUAGCCUUCAGGAAGGUCUCUCUCAGCCUCAAAUGUUAAUAGUUUCAGAUAUUGAUGAUAUCUUUAUACCAAUGCCAGAGAAUCUAUUAGUAAACUUAAAUGAAAGCAAAGAGCUAAUCCAAGAUUUAUUGAAAACGUUGCCUCAGAUGUUUACCCAUUCUUUGGAAACUCAGAGUGCUCUGGGACCUGCCUUACAGGCUGCCUUUAAACUGAUGUCUCCUACUGGUGGCCGGAUUUCCGUAUUCCAGACACAGCUCCCAUCUGUAGGAAUGGGGGCACUCAGACCUCGAGAGGAGCCUAACCAAAAAGCAUCUGCAAAGGAUAUACAUCUAACACCAUCAACUGAUUUCUAUAAAAAAUUGGCCUUGGAUUGCUCAGGACAGCAGGUGGCCGUCGACUUGUUCCUUCUCAGUGGGCAGUACUCUGACUUGGCUUCAUUGGGAUGUAUAUCGAGAUAUUCUGCUGGUAGUGUCUAUUACUACCAGUCUUAUCAUCAUCAGCACAAUCCUCUUUUAGUGGAGAAACUGCAGAAAGAACUUAAGCGAUACUUGACACGGAAGAUUGGUUUUGAGGCUGUCAUGCGGAUCAGGUGUACCAAAGGCCUUUCUAUUCACACCUUCCAUGGCAACUUCUUUGUACGGUCAACAGACCUGCUGUCUUUACCUAACGUGAACCCUGAUGCAGGAUAUGCUGUGCAAAUGUCAGUGGAGGAGAGUUUGACAGACAUGCAAGUGGUCUGCUUCCAGUCAGCCCUCCUAUAUACCUCUAGUAAAGGUGAACGGAGGAUCCGUGUCCAUACCCUGUGUUUACCAGUAGUCAGUCAGUUGAGUGAUGUUUAUCUGGGAGCUGAUGUGCAAGCAAUUACUGGGCUUUUAGCCAAUAUGGCUGUUGACCGGUCGGUUUCCGCUAGUCUGAGUGAUGCUCGAGAUGCAUUGGUGAAUGCUGUCAUAGAUUCUCUCUCUGCCUACCGUUCCUCUGUCCUUACCAUUCAACAGCCUGGUCUCAUGGCCCCUGUCUCAUUACGUCUCUUUCCACUGUAUGUACUGGCCCUCUUGAAACAGAAAGCAUUCCAAACUGGCACAAACACUCGUUUGGACGAACGCAUCUUUACUAUGUGUCAAGUGAAAAACCAACCUUUAGUGUACCUCAUGCUUAUGAUGCAUCCUAGUUUGUACAGAAUUGACAAUCUCACAGACGAGGGGGCCCUUAACAUCAGUGACAGAACAAUACCUCAACCACCCAUUCUUCAGCUGUCUGUGGAGAAGAUAAAUAGAGAUGGUGCUUAUCUUAUGGAUGCUGGCUCUGUCAUGUUUUUAUGGAUUGGAAAGAAUUGUGGGCAGAACUUCAUCAACUGUGUCCUUGGAGUUCCCAACUAUGCAUCAAUACCACACAAUAUGACACAUCUUCCAGAACUUGACACAGCUGAAUCUUCUAGAGUGCUUGCUUUUAUCUCAUGGUUGAGGGAGCAAAAGCCAUUCUUUUCUAUAUUGUACAUACUAAGGGAUGAAAGUCCAUGGAAACCAAGUUUUCUCCAAAACAUGAUCGAAGACAGAACAGAAUCUGCUUUAUCAUACUAUGAGUUCCUUUUGCAUAUUCAGCAACAAGUGAAUAAAUGAACCCUGCUGUGAUAUGGCUCAUCCAGUCAAAGGAGAAUAAUUGUGUGCAGAACACUUGCGUUCAUGAUGCUCCUAAAAAGAUUUUGGUCUGAUGCAGUUGACAAGAAUCUCACUGUGAUUUCCCCCCAAAAUAAUAAAAAAGGCAAAGCAAAUAAAGGACCACAGAAUCAUAAGUAUACUAUUGUGCAGUUGUACAUUAAACAAUUAAAAUCAUUUUGGAUAUGU